CUUUCGCGAGGGAAGAGAAUAUGAGCAACUUCGAAAUGGAAAUAAUAGUGGAAGAAUUUUGAACUAUGCCUACUCCGGAGCACAUUUUUUUCCAUGGCGAUGACAAAAGCCUUGAGUGACAAGUCACGGCGUCUCCCCGCUAAGCGAUUUGGCGUGGCUCGUUCUGGGACCGCGGCUUCGGUCCGCAAUUGCUGAGGGAAAAGAGGGCGCCGCCAUUUUGUCGACAGCGAGGAGAGUUGGAGGCCUCAGCCGGGAGCUUGCCCAAGGUCCUCUCGCGGCCUAGUCGCAACCGAUUCUUUCCUGUCCUGCCUAGGCUUCGCGCCAACGUAACAUCACGGCGGAGAUGUCGGAAUACAUCCGAGUAACGGAAGAUGAGAAUGAGGAACCCAUUGAGAUCCCUUCAGAGGAUGAUGGGACUGUAUUACUCUCCACGGUUACUGCGCAGUUCCCAGGAGCCUGUGGCCUCCGUUACAGAAACCCCGUGUCUCAGUGUAUGAGAGGAGUCCGAUUAGUGGAAGGAAUUCUUCAUGCACCAGAUAAUGGCUGGGGAAAUUUGGUAUAUGUGGUGAAUUAUCCCAAAGACAACAAGAGGAAAAUGGAUGAAACAGAUGCUUCAUCAGCCGUUAAAGUGAAACGAGCAGUUCAGAAAACCUCUGAUCUGAUAGUUUUGGGUCUUCCGUGGAAGACAACAGAGCAAGAUCUGAAAGAAUAUUUCAGCACGUUUGGAGAAGUUCUCAUGGUGCAGGUUAAGAAGGACAUCAAAACUGGCCACUCAAAGGGGUUUGGUUUUGUACGAUUUACCGACUAUGAAACCCAAGUAAAAGUCAUGUCUCAGCGUCACAUGAUUGAUGGAAGAUGGUGCGACUGCAAGCUCCCCAAUUCUAAGCAAAGUCCAGAUGAACCUUUGCGUAGCAGGAAGGUGUUUGUUGGGCGUUGCACUGAAGACAUGACUGCAGAUGAGCUCCGUCAGUUUUUUUCACAAUAUGGAGAAGUCGUUGAUGUCUUCAUUCCCAAACCAUUCAGAGCUUUUGCCUUCGUUACGUUUGCUGAUGAUCAGGUCGCCCAGUCCCUUUGUGGUGAGGACUUGAUCAUAAAAGGAAUCAGCGUCCAUAUAUCCAAUGCUGAACCUAAGCAUAAUAGCAGUAGACAACUAGAAAGAGGUGGAAGAUUUGGUGGUAAUCCAGGAGGCUUUGGGAAUCAGGGUGGAUUUCCUAACCGGGGGGGAGGCGGGGGAGGUGGCGGACUGGGUAACAGCCAGGGCAGUAACAUGGGAGGUGGGAUGAACUUUGGGGCCUUCAGCAUCAAUCCCGCCAUGAUGGCGGCGGCUCAGGCCGCGCUGCAGAGCAGCUGGGGGAUGAUGGGCAUGCUUGCUAGCCAGCAAAACCAGUCUGGGCCGUCAGGGAACAACCAGCCACAGGGAAACAUGCAGAGGGAGCAGCAGAGCCAAGGGUUUAGCUCCGGGAGCAAUUCCUACGGAAGCUCGAACUCUGGCCCAGCGAUAGGGUGGGGCUCCUCCAACACGGGCUCCAGCAGUGGGUUUAAUGGCGGGUUUGGUUCAAGUAUGGAUUCCAAAUCAUCAGGAUGGGGGAUGUAAGGCAGGCUGACUCUGAUGGGAAAUCAUUUUUUUUUUCUAGAGCUUCCGGUAAGUAUAAUCUAAAAUGCAUAUUACUAAAAGGAAAAAAAAAAAACCAACCCCAAAUCAAUUUGUUCAGUGUGUAGUAUAUUUCGAUAGUAUUUUUGACACUUUUUUUCUUUUGUAAGGGGGAAAAAAAGAUUAAAUGAAGUUUUAUAGGUUUUGUUACCAUGAGUUGGAAUACAUGAGUUGGGAUUAUUGAGUGGCUGAAAGUGAACUGUUUCCCUGACUGGUAAACGGGUGUGCUGCAGUUUAAAUAGGAAUUUGUAAAGAUUGGAUUCCUUGUUUUCCUAGUCAGCUGAGAUCUUUGCAUGUUUCAAAAAAAAUGGAAGCCAUUUUUCAGAAACUGCAUCCUAUCCUUAUUAAUUUUUUUUAAUUUAAUUUGAUCCCCCCCGCCAUAAGAAUUUUUCUCUCUUUCUCUCCUUCCCCCUCCCCCAAAUGUCCUGUGUGGAGAAUGCAAUGUUGGUGUCGGCUUUUUUUCCUUUUAACACUGUCUCCCUUCUCAUACUAAAGUACAGUAUGGAGACCUCAUUUAGUUCUUGCAGUUCAUCUCAUUUCAAAUGUGUCUGGAAGAAGCACUUCAUUGAAAACAGUGCAGUUUAAAAAAAAUACACAAACACAAAACACCUAUAUAUAAAAAAAAAUAUCUGCUUUAGGAAUACUCCUGUCUCCAUGCUUUCCUCAUCCAAGACUCCUUCAUCACACUGCACAUGCUACGUCUUAAAGAUGGUGGGUGUUCCAUUUUAUCCGCUCCUCUUUUUAUUUCAUGGAGUCGUACUCAACGCUGUGAACGCAAGGCUGUGAGAUGGAAACCAGAAGGCUUGUUUGAACUUCUGAAAACCUUGUGUGGGAUUGGAUUUGUGGUGCCAAGGCAUGUGAGGGCUUGGUAUGUGCGAGAAAAAGAAGGAGGCGCAUGCGGAGAGAGACUUGGUGGUGCAUUAUGGGAUUUUUUUUUUAUUAAAAAAAAACAUUUUUUUUCCUUGACGCAAUGUCCCUCGAUCCUGUGGCUUUGGUGAGAGAGUGUGCGGAGAGCGAUGGGAGCAGACGUACGAAUGUUUUCCUUGCAUUCAAAAACGGACAUCUUGAUCUGGAAGAACUUAAAAAAGGGGGCGGGAGGAGGGCUUUUUACUUAGUUAAACCAAAUUAGUUGGAUGUGUUAAGUGAAACGAAUAUCUGUAUAUAUUUUUUUCUCCUUUAUGUCAACUCUGCUGUGAAUGCUGUAUGGUGUGUGUUAUUUUGUUCAAUGAUCCUGUAAGUGUGGUAACGUGAACCGAAGGUGGGGAUUUUUCUGAUGGGAACAUCCAGUUUGUAGUGUGCUUUCUGCGUGUGUGCUUUUUUUUUCUUCUUCCCCACACCCCCCCCCCCCCCCCAGCAAAGCUCACUUGCAAAGCUCAGGUGUUCCCUUGCGGGUGGAAGUUUUUCUGUCUGUAAGAUAUUCAUAUGAAUGCUGUUUGCUGAAGUUCUGUGUUUGGAUGCUUUUUUAUAAGAUUUGUCAAUGUAGGAAAUUCUUAAAUAAAACUGAUUUAAGUAAUACGUGUGUGUGUUUGACAGCCCCCCCCCUGAGCAAAAGAGCUCCUUAAAAGUAUCAUUUAAGAUAAGAAUUACGUUUUUUAAAAAUGUUUUUUUAGGUUUGCCUGCCUUAUGUAGCAGAAACUCCAAAACUAAGACCCAGCCUUAUAUUUAUAGCCUUUGUGAUAAACUUAUCUGAAAUGCAAUUCUGUUACAUGAAGUUCCCCAUCCCUAGUCAGCAGGCAUUGGUAAUUUCCUGGGUGUAAGCAAAAAUCUCAAAUAAGUCUAUGUUCUCAGGGCAUUCAGCCUUGAUGGGAAUAGGAUGCUAAAAACCUCCGUUUCAAUGUGGUGAACAGACAAAAUAUUGGCAAACAUUUGGCUCUCAGUGAGUUAUACAGUAACAGACCGUUUACUGUCCCUUGCUUGAUAUAAACCUACAACUUUCAUUUGCUACCUAAUGGGAGCCGUCAAUUUGGUCCCAAAUAAAUUUAUACACUUUAAAAUCUCCUGUAGCUCCACUGAUUUUCUUUGCAUUUCAGCUGAAAAUCCUAUUUCCUUUUAAAGGAUAUUAGUGUAGUAGGUGGACUCUUAAAAUUAUUUGCUGGGUGCUUAUGGUGGCGUUGUUGUUCGAUACUGAUACUGGUUUAUUACACCAGAAGAUGGUUCUUGGUGUAAAACAGAUCUGUGAAUAUUCCGGAGGACAUAAUAGUCUUACAUUGCAUAAUCUUUACUUCACCUAAAUCCGAUCCAUUGCCAAAAUCUACCAUCUGAAUUUUGCAUUUUAGCACUUGCAUUAACACCAGCUACUGCUGCUGAGUAACACUUAAUAUGGUUUUCUCGGACCUCCCAAGGCUAAACUGUGUCAUCCCAGGAAGAAUCAUGAGGGUAAGUUUGAUACCUCACUAGCAUGGUUUCAGUAAUUUAUUUUGGCUUGUAUUUAUAAAACCCAAGGGCCACUUCUGGAUAGAAAGGGGGACCCAUGCUGUGAUCAUUUUAAUGCUGCUUCAAGCAGUAAGGGCUCUAACGUCCCUUCCCUCCAAUCCCUAAGCAUCUUAGAAUUGUUUUCAAACAUGAUUCAUAUCAUUAAUUUUUUCGUUAGUGUUGAAAGUGAGUUAAUAAACAGAAUUCUCAUAA